AACUUUUAGACGAAGGAGCCACAAUGUACCAGUGAUCGGCUUGGAUGAAACAGCGCCGUGACGGCCGGUCGUAAAAGUCAGCGGUCAAACCAAUCACAGUUUGUACAUCUUCAAAGAAGGCGCCAUUGCAGCAGAGGGCAGAUCUCAUUCCAACUCAACAUGUAUGGCACCCCAAGAUCCGCCAUUUUCUCCCUGCUUCUCCUUCUCCUCAUCCUCCUCUUCACUUCACUCUCUGCCGACCCCACCGCACCCGGCGGCGGCAAUGGCGACGACGGCGACGACGACACGGGAUCCCUUGAAGAACUGAUAGCCCUAGACGAGGAAUCGGAAGACGAAAGGCCCUCUUCCGGGGCCGAGAUUCUCAGCAGAGCUCAGAGGAUAGUGAUUGAGCUCAACAAUGAUAACUCCAAGAGCGCGAUUGGCGAGAAUGAGUUUGUUUUGGUUCUGGGUUAUGCCCCCUGGUCCGAUGCAAGCGCGGGAGUCAUGCCGAAAUUUGCGGAGGCCGCCACUGCCCUUAAGGAAUCGGGAAAUCCCAUUGUGAUGGCCAAGGUUGAUGCAGAGAGGUACCCUAAGGUCGCCUCCAAUCUUGGGAUCAAAGGGUUCCCAACUUUGCUUCUCUUCGUCAAUGGCUCUUCUCAACCCUAUACUGGUGGAUUUUCUGCGGAAGAAAUCAUGGUUUGGGCAAAGAAGAAGACAGGCGAACCUGUUCUUAGGAUUAAUUCCAUUGAUGAGGCGAGUGGGGUUUUGAAGAAGCAUUCUGUAUUUGUAGUUGCGCUAUUUGAGAAUUUUGAGGGGCACGAUUAUGAUGAGUACAUAAAAGCUGCAGAAAAUGACAAUGAGAUCCAGUUUGUUGAAACCAGCAGCGUGGAGAUUCUCAAAGUUUUGUUUCCUGAGGCGAAGCCUACGAAACGUUUCCUUGGUCUAGUGAAAAGUGAACCUGAAAAGUACACUUCAUUUGAAGGAAGCUUCAAAACUGAUGAAAUCCUGCAGUUUGUAGAAGAUAACAAAUUGCCCUUGGUCAGUGUAAUCACUGAACUGAAUUCAGGAAAAGUUUUCUCCAACCCUAGGAAACUCCAGGUAUAUGUCUUUGCUGAUCCUGAUGAAUUCAAGAAACUCCUUAAACCCUUGCAAGAUGUUGGGAGGAAAUUCAAAUCUAAGAUAAUGCUGAUAUAUGCAGACAUAAGAGAGGACAAUCUUGUGAAGCCCUUCCUUUCUAUUUUUGGAAUAGAAGAAUCCGAGGAUACAACUGUAAUUGCUUUUAAUUACACUGACGGCUCCAAGUACUUGUUGGAGUCCACUGCCACACCAAGAAGCAUUGAAGACUUCUGCUCGGGACUUCUGGAUGGGAUUGUAUUGCCAUACUACAAAUCACAGCCAGUACCUGACAAUACAGACAAAAACAUUCUGGAUGUGGUUGGAAAGACAUUUGAUGACAUGAUACUGAGGAGUCAUAAAAACAUUCUUCUCGAGGUACACACGCCAUGGUGCAUCUCAUGCGAGACGACAAGUAAACAAAUGGAUAAGUUGGCCAAGCAUUUCAAGGGUUUAGAAAAUUUGGUCUUUGCAAGGAUAGAUGCUUCCGCUAAUGAACAUCCCAACCUAAAGGUUGAUGACUAUCCGGCGUUGCUAUUCUACCCACAGACAGACAAAUCGAACCCAAUUAAAUUUCCUACAAAGUCGAGCUUGAAAGACUUGGCAGCACUCAUCAACAAGGCAUUGAAAGAGUGGGGAACCAAAACGAAAGACGAGCUUUAGGAAACUGACCAGGCACCCACCCACCAUAGCAAGGCAGAUUCCCGAAGAACACGAAGAACAUUGAAAACCAAAAAAAAAACCUUUGAUUUUUAUACAUGGGUUUAUUAUAGAUUUGUUCAUUAGUAAGGGGCAUACUUGUACUCACCUGAACAAGUGUAGCAAUUCAAUUCUUGAUUGUUCCAAGAAAAUUUUGUUAAGGGGCUUGUUUUCCAUGCAAUUUAUAAAUAAUAAAAAUCUUCAUGUUAU